UGAGAAGUGAGGACAGGGCAGCAUCUGGGUCUGCAGGACUCGACCUCUGGGGUUCUGGAGUGAGCCGCAGCCUCCACAAAGAUGACUUGGAGGCAGAUCCUGCUCCUGUCCUGUCUCUUGGCCGCCCUGCUCCUGUCUUUGCUGCAGGAGGGGGCUGGUGUGUCGAUGGGCCCCAGACAGGCGGCUGGAGAAGAGGGCCAGGAUGGUGUGAAGCAGAUUUUCAUGCAGGAAUCAGAGGCCUCCGAUUUCCUCAAGAAACGCGGCAAGAGAUCCCCCAAGUCCCGAGACGAGGCCAUGGCGGAGGACAGGCAGAAGCUGUGGGUGGAUGAGCUACGGAGAGAGUACUACGAGGAACAAAGGAACGAGUCUGAGAACUUUGCAGAGGAGCAAAACGAUGAGCAGGCAGAGCGAAGCCGGGAGGCGACGGAGCAGUGGCGGCAGUGGCAUCAUGAUGGCCUGUACCCAUCUUACCUCUACAACCGCCACCGCAUCUGACCUCGCCUCUGCCCGAAAGCAAACUAGAAGACCCAGCUUGAAGCACACACAACCCUCCCAAGUGUUCAAGACCUCCGCCCACAUAAGCAGGCCACCUGAAAGGGUCUUGGCUGGGGCCUGCCGGGGUUACCAGCCCUGGAUUAGAACGCCCUGGCUUUGCUACUUUGCAGAUGAUUUUUGGCAGUGAUCAAAUGCCCCUGGGACCCCCUAGUGCCAAACCCACAGUGGCUCCCCUUGCUUAGCCCGUGUUCCCCAAGUAUGACUCCUGUCUGACAGAACAAUGCAAAGAAUCACAGCAGACAGUAAAGAUUACAGGUUUGCUUCCUGCUCAUCAAUAAAACACUGAAUCAA